AUGGUCCGGGUGGGUCUGUUGACACAGGGCGUUCUCUUUCUGUCCGGCGUCUUCGCCCAGAGAACCGCCGUCGACCUUGGUUACGCCCGGUACAAAGGCCAGCCACUUCCCAACGGCAUCGUCCAAUGGCUUGGGAUGCGCUAUGCUGCUCCUCCCGUAGGCCUGUUGCGCUUUUCCGCGCCCCAGGAUCCGGAGGAAGUGGAUGGGGUUCAGGAUGCAUUUCAGCACGGUCCACUGUGUAUUCCUACUGUGACUGAGGAAGAAGUCUUCCCCGAUGGAACGGCGGAAGAUUGCCUCUUUAUCAAUGUCCAUGCUCCUCGGAAUAUAUCCAAACCGUUACCCGUGUACUUCUGGAUCGAGGGUGGUGGCUUUAAUGAAAAUUCACAGGCUGACUACGACGCAUCGGGCUUGAUCCGUGCCUCUCACAUGGGCAUCGUUGUGGUUACCUUCAACUAUCGUGUUGGGCCUUAUGGUUUCUUGGCCGGAGAGGAGGUUGAAAAAGGAGGAAGUAUGAACAACGGCCUAAAGGAUCAGAUCAAAGCCCUGCAAUGGGUCCAGAAACACAUCCGCAAGGUAUGUCGUCUACUCCAUGAGAAGAAGGGCAUGGCUAAUCAUCUAUCUGCCUUGUACAAGUUCGGCGGCGAUCCGAACCAUGUGGUUCUUGGCGGCGUCAGUGCCGGCGCUGCGUCGAUCACGCUUCUCCUCUCGGCGCAUGGCGGGAGAGACGACGGUCUUUUCCAUGCGGCUGCCGCAGAAUCUCAGAGUUUUGCUGGCAUGCUGACCGUGAAAGAAAGCCAAUUCGCGUACAAUAACCUCGUGAUUCGUACCGGCUGCGCGAGCGAGGAGGAUACCCUUGCAUGCUUGCGCAACCUGGAUGUUGGAACUCUUCAAAGUGUCAACAUAAACACUCCUCUACCCAAAGCGCAAGAGGCGCCGCUCUAUAUGUACGGACCGGUUGUUGAUGGGACGCUCGUUCCCGACUAUACGUAUCGCCUUUUCCACAAGGGAAAUUUCAUCAAGGUCCCGGUCAUCUUCGGCGAUGUCACUAAUGAAGGCACUGUUUUUGCCCCUAAGGAGAUAUCCACUGUUGGCGAGGCAGAUAUCUUCUUGCAGAGCCAGUUCCCGGAGAUCCAACUACGUCACCUCGCUCGCAUCAACGCCAUGUAUCUCCAAGAAAACGAGACGCGCCAGUACCCCGAGGCCGGGCCCUACUGGAUACCGGCCAGCAACGCGUACGGAGAAAUGCGGUAUACCUGUCCCGGAAUGGACAUGUCUUCCGUGUAUGCCCGGGCCGGAGUUAAAAGCUGGAACUAUCAUUACGCAGUUCUGGACCCAGACUCGGAAGCCGCUGGCGAGGGGACGGCCCAUACGCAGGAAGUCAACGCCAUCUUCGGUCCGCAGCAUGUGACGGACGAUGAUCCCCCGGCCUCCUACUUCACCACGAACGCGCCCAUUAUUCCGGUUGUGCAAGGCUACUGGACAAGCUUCAUUCGAUCAUUUGAUCCAAACCUGUAUCGUCGGCCAGGGACCCCGGAGUGGAAACAGUGGGGCAGAGAUAACGAACACCGCCGACUUUUUAUCAGGACGGGCGAGACGGGAAUGGAAGUCGCUCCUCCCGAUCAGGUGAGACGAUGCGACUACCUGAUCAGCAUCGGACUGGAUCUUGCGCAGUGA